UGAGAGUUCGAUAGAUCUCAAUGUUUUUCGUUGAGAACGAAAAGAGCGGCGGCAGCGGCGGCGGGUGUAUUUUUAAGUCCGUCGACUCAAUGUGCCGCGAAAUACGUCGUCCCCAUAAUGCAAUCCCCAUCAUGCAAUCCCCAUCGCCCUCGUAAUACAGAUGCUAUAUAGAUGGAUACAAAUCCCCGGGAAACUCUUCAUAUAGGUAUACUAUCUAUAAGCUCUUCUUUCUUUUUUUUUUUCCCCAUCUUCUUCUUGAAAAGCCGUGAAACCUUCCUACGGGGUAGUUUUAAACAAUUCCAUCGGACGAGCUACCCCUCGCUCGAUUUUUUCCAAACUUUGACAAAUUGCCAUCCACUUCGUUGUCCCAGUUCCAACGAUAAGAACGUCACCUUUUUCCAUCCUGACAAAAGAAAAAUCGAAAAAAUAGAUGGGGGGGGGGGUGUAGAAAGAGGUAAAAGAAUCUCGUCGAAUGCUAGAAACAUAGAAACGGAGAAAGUUUAACGAGCGUAAGCUCUAAACCAACCGUGCCGUAGAAGUCAAUUCGAUAGCAGUUAACGAAUUGUUGGGGAUGAAUAGAAGGGGUUUGCGGUUAGCACGAGGGGCUGACAGGGUGAACGCAUAAUACAUUGUUACCCCAUCCACCAGCCUCGGUACGACCCAGCGAUCAGUAAUUUUCCCUAUACGAGAAGGCUGGAUGAACUAUCUCAUAAUUAAAAUGACCCCACUAUACUCGCGUUUAAAGACUAAACUGCGAACUUCCUAAAGCAACUCCUCCACGAGUUUACUCUAUUUUCUUCGAAAUAAACGCAGCCCUUCCUCUCAGGGAUCCUUAAAUAAUACAACGAUUUACAAUUGAUUCGAAUUUGUCUCCAUUAACGUUUUUCUUCUUCUUCUUCUUCUUCUUCUUCUUCUUCUUCAUCUUCUUGUUCCCCCGCGUCGCGCGAUUCCUUCCUUUAAGUGUCUCUGAGAAUCGUUAGGGUGGCUGAUAUCAAAUACCAGUUUUCGCCCCUUUCCCAGUAUUCAACCCCGGCGCGCCGAUUUAAAAGCUCGUCGCCUAACGAAAGUUCCUCGGCUCGUUGAAUUCGUGCCGCAGCGAUAUCGCCCUAAUAUUGGAUUAUAUCGAUAUGGUUUACGCACCCAAGCAAAAAAGAAAUAAAAAAGCUUUGUCUCGACAUCGGUAGGUUACGUUACGAUAUUCCCUAGGUCGCGUCUAUUAUAUUUAGAAGCCAAUUCGCGAGCUACAUUAGCAUCAGGGUCCUUUAGUAGGUAGUCAGGGUAAUGACGUGUGCUCGAGCACACGGUUCACGGUGUUUAACACUUUAUCUAUCUCCUCCAAGUUAUUAAUGACACUCGCUGAGUCAGACACGCCAGAACGGUGAGAAGCGGCAUCUUCAAAGUUUAAUAUCCGAACAACCGAGUCACUCGGCCGACAGUCCUCGAGUCAACGAGAGAGCCUGAAGGGAAAGGGAAUCUACGAAACUGCUACAUUUCGAGGAUACAUUUCGACUUUUAAUAUUGCUUGCCUUCCUUGCGUCGCGACCAAAUCGAGAACAUUCAUUUUGAUCCAACGACCAGGACGAGUGUACUCGAAAAAUUGCAAACAAGUAUUGCAACAAUCUUACCCUACUCGUGCACGUGUUAAUAGCAAAAAAAGUACUGUCUAAUGCCAAGGUCACCAAAAGAAAACUCUAGGUUACGUUCACUUUUCUAUGAAACGCGCGUGCUUUUCUCCCGAUCGAUGCCCUUACUUACCAUUUGCAUAUCGAAUAUAAUCGGUUAGGUUGAAUUUAUCGCGUCGACGAGGAGGAGAAUCGAUGAAAAACAUCGAAUGAAUAUUUAAUGUCGUUAGUCGUUAAGUCUUACACUAUCGUACGCACGACAUUCUGCUUUAGAGUAUAGCUCGUUCCGUUUAGCUCGCCUUUUCGUUUAGCUCGCCUUUUCGUUUAACGAGAGCUUCAAUUCGCGCUAAAAUAUGAAAAGGUUGCCAAGGAAGAACAAGAAAAAAGAUUCUUCCGAGUCGAAGAAAAUAUUCUGGAUCGUUUUGAAAAAUCAAGCACGAGAAUUUUGUCUCGCUACGGGGCUUCACGGAUACAAGUACGUCGCACAAUCUCAACGUUCCAAAAUUGAACGAAUAAUUUGGGCCAUCGUUUUGUUUGCCUCCUUCUGCUGUGCAAUUGUCCUGAUGAAAAUUGCUUGGGAUUACUAUGCUUCUCAUCCAACGCUCACGGUGAUAGAGACUACUCAUCGAGGUAUAUGGAAUUAUCCGUUUCCUGCUGUUACGAUUUGCAAUAUCAAUCGAAUAUCGUUGAAUUUGACGAGAAGCCUGGUCGAUAUGUUAAAUCAUCCAUCAAAUAUAUCCAAAGAGUUUUUAGUUCAAGAAUUCCGACUACUCUUAGAAUUACUCGAUCCUGGCGUGUUCGAGCAGGAUGUCGCGGAAAAUCUAACCCGUUUACAAAACAUCCUUGACGAUAAUCGAUUAACGAUACCAGAAGUAAUGGAAAAGGUUACAAGGAACUGCAGCGAUCUCGUAAAAUUGUGCAAGUGGAACGACGACUCGUUCGAUUGUGACAAAUUCUUUAAUCGGAGCUUAACCAGAGACGGUCUCUGUUGCAGCUUCAAUUAUGUAUCGUCCAACAAUAUGGAAAAUUCUAUCGAUUGGAAACCGAGAAGAAUACCAGCUUGCGGAUAUCAAACUGGUCUGGCCGUAACGGUGGAUCCCGAUCCGGAUGAUUAUUUGGCUACCCUUCUUGGAUCUUUUGGUGUAAAGGUUUUGGUUCACUACCCGUACGAUUAUCCGGACCACAAUGCGAACGACAAGCUGAUCGAUAUGAAUAAACAAGCGUUCCUCAGUAUUUCGCCCGAAGAAACUUACGCGACGUUGGACGUUAAAAAUCUCGCCAUUUCCACGCGAAAUUGUGUUUUCAGCGAUGAAGGGGAUAGGAUACUUGAGGAUAAAAACAUCGAGUAUAGAAGAUUAACGUCAGAAAAAUACUCUUACAUAAACUGCAUGGCGGAAUGUCGUGCCAAUACCAUCAGGAAAAAGUGCGAUUGCAUUCCUUAUUAUUUUCCACCGAGUGCAUGGUACGAUACGUCGUGGCCUGGAGAAAGUAUCGACAUGGAGCAAAUAUAUCGGACAAAAAAUUUGGACGAGAUAGACAAGAGACCCUGUGGAUGUGUUCCCGAUUGUACCUUGUUUCGAUAUCCAAUUGACGUUUCCCAAGGGAUUCUGGAUAAUAACAUUUCUUUCGAUGGAUUUCAUUUCUUAAAAAAAACCAAAAAAUACAAAGGAUUCCAAAAUCAAAGUAUAAUCCAUGUAUUCUUUAGCGAUUUGGUAGCCAUUCAGUAUCGUCGAAGCGUUCAUUAUAAUUGGCGUAAUUUGUUUGGUAAGUCAACAAGACAUAGUUACAUAAUGCAUUGAAUUACAAA